AUGUCAGGAUGGAAGAAGAAUUCAAGCCUGCAAGUGAUGCAAAGACAUGGGCCAUGUUGGCAACAGAAGCAUGACAAGGCAGAACCUAAUGAAUCUCACCCACACAUUGAUAUCCUCAGUGAAGAUGAAGCAAGGGUCAAUUCAAUUCACUCCAUGCUCCCCAGGAGGUUCAGCCAUGAAAACAUGAAGCAGCCAGAUUCUGCGAACAUACCGGUGAGGUCUGGCUUGCCAAUUCGCGCCGGUGGCUACAUUGUCAGCAUCAGUUUGGGUAGCCCUGAAACAGAAUGGUCGUUUAUUUUUGAUACUGGAAGUGACUUCACUUGGACUCGGUGCAAGCCAUAUCUUGUGGAGAGCCAUUACGACCAACAAGAACCAAUCUUUGAUCCCUCUAAGUCCACAACUUAUUCUCACAUCAAGUGCCCUUCUUCCAUGUGCGCUUGGAUUUUGUCUACAGGAAAAUAUCAAGAAUGUGCUAAUUAUACCAAAACAUGCAUAUACAAGCUUAAAUAUGCUGAGGCCUCCUUCUCCGGUGGCUUUCUCAGCAAAGAAAGGCUCACCACCGCCGCUGGGGGCACCUUUGACAACUUCUUGUUCGGUUGCAGCCCAAAUAAAGGUGGGAAUACCUUAGGUGGCGCCGCCGGGAUACUUGGCCUUAGCCGGCACCCCAUCUCCUUCGUCCAACAAACAACCAACACUUAUAACAAAGUCUUUUCCUAUUGUCUUCCCUCCACUCCCAGCUCCAUGGGCCACCUCACCUUUGGCAGCAACGACGUUCCCAAUAAUGUCCAAUACACUCCGAUCACCACUAUCCCUAACUUGACCUCAUUCUACGGCAUCAACGUCAUCGGAAUCACCGUCGGUGGAGCAGAACUAUCAUCGGUUACUUCAACACUAUCGUCGGCCAAAGCAAUAAUUGAUGUCGGCACGACCAUCACGAGGCUUCCGCAGUCGGUGUAUGCUGCUCUGAGAUCGGAGUUUCAAAAAAAGAUGGCAAUUUAUCCCAUGGCCUGUGAGUUAGUAAUGCUGGACACAUGUUAUGAUUUAAGUGGGUACGAGACAGUGAUGAUUCCAGAGAUAAACCUGGUGUUUGGUGGUGGGGUUAAGCUAAACUUGGAUGCAAGUGGAAUAGUUUAUGCUGCGAGUGAGAAGCAAGUUUGUUUGGCUUUUGCUCCGAAUACGAAUGAUGAGGAUGUGGUUAUUCUGGGUAAUGUUCAGCAGAAGACAAUAGAGGUGGUAUAUGAUCUUAAUGUGGAAAGGCUUGGAUUUGGGCCUCCUGGUGGUUGCAUCUGA